AUGACGGUGCUCGGCGCUUCCAUUCCAAAGGAGGCGGCCACGGUGAUUGGAGAUAUGAAGUCGGCCGCUCAGUCCCUGGCUCAGUCGUUCAAGGACAAACGUGUGACGAUCUCCGACAAGACUAAGUUGAGCAUGGGCAUUCCCGUCACCCACACCCCGUCGGCUGUCGACCUGGGAGUUGACGCAACUGGUGCUCGACGUCGGGCUCGACCUAAGUUUCGUUCUCGGGUGGCUAGGGCUUCUGCGCGCCAGGGCAAGAUCCAGAAGCUGCGGCGGCUUGCUGGAAGCCACAAGGUUGGCUGGGAGCCCUUGGAAGCCACCCGUUGGCGUCGUGCAGGCGCUGAGGGGCCAGAGGACUACACGUUCCUCUCUUUCGGCGAGGCUGGCUACAGUGACACCGUCUUGGAGGAUUUCAGCGAGCUCUUGGCGGACUUUGAGCAUGACUGCCGUGCUGCUGCCUGGCGAUUGGCUGCCAAGCAUCCUGAUGGUGAACAGCUCGCUGACGGAGCAGAUCUGCAUGGGAUACAACGUGAAUUGGAUGCCUUCGCCAAGAGCGGCGCCAUGGACAUGUGGGGUGCGACGGUCUCGGUCAUAGCAGGAGGCCAGUGGGCGCAGCAGAGGCAGCACGAGGCAGGGUACCAGGUCAAGUCCAAGCUGGCCAGGGCCUUGGACUCCUCGUCGCACCGCCUGUCGCAGUGCAGCAAUCGUUGGAUGUGCUCUGGCUGUUUGCAGAUUGUGCCACGGACGAAGCUCCUGGAGUUCGCGGUUGGAGGCGUGGCCCUGCAUCCCUCUCAUGCUCUCCGGGAGUGGUCCCGAUACGGUCUCAAGUUCUGUGCUGUGUGCGGUUUCGCGGCUGCUGCUGACGGCCGCAACCUGGCCAACCCGACUGUCUGCGGUGGCGACGGGCACACUGAAGCCGUGCAGAUCGAGUACGACCCAAGCCGGGUCGACUACAGGGACCUGCUGAACGUGUACUUCAACAACUGCAAAGGAGACUACCGUAAUCGCGGGAAGGCGCAGUACAAGAAUGCCAUAUGGUACCACAGCGAGGAGCAGAGGGAGAAGGCCCUGGCGGCUGCCGAGGACCUAGACAAGGGCAAGCUUGGCAAGCUGGAGAUCAAUGAGGCGCAGCCGUGGUUCGACGCCGAGGCAUACCAUCAAAAGUAUCUGGCGCGCCGGUAG